GGCGCAUAGAAGCAGUCGGCGAGCGGCGCUGGGAGAGCGCGGCGAGGCGCGGCGGCACCGCCAGUGCUGCAGUGAGGGAGGCGAGGCGGAGAAAGGAGGAAAAAAAAAAAAAAAAAAAAAAAAAAAAAAAAGAGAGAGAGCGGCUCCAACUGUUGAAUUUUCGCUGAAUCUCCACUUGCUCCGCGGGCGGCUGGUGAAAUGGAUCUGGCUUACCGGGGAUCGGCGUGGCUUUUGCGUGCUGUCUGGCUGGGGCUGGAGACCGUCUGUUUGAGAGGGGCCACCCGUCAAUGAGGCGGAGAAGAGAUCGGGUGUUUCCUUGGGGUUUUGAGAGCCUCUCCACCACAGGUUGCAGAAUUAACUGUGUACUUUGGGGUCCGGACUCAAAUAAAGGAGAAAAAAAGCAGUGCAGGACUGAGACUCGGAACUAGAUCUUUGAGCUAUGCAUUGGGAACUUAUGGGUUGUUUUUUGUUUUUAUUUUUUGCUCUUUUAAUCUGAAAGAUCUCUGAUUAUUUCACACAUAACACUGAGGAAAGGUGGUUAAAAACACUCAGCAAAGCAGGAGACAGACGCGCCUCUGUGCCAGUGAGUGGAUAACAGCCUUGUUUUCCUGAUCCUCAGUCUCCAGGAGAAAGAGAAAAACAACCACCGUCGCCGAUUUUUUAUGAUUGUUAUUUUUAUUAUACUUUGUACAUCUGCGGAGAUUCAAGGAUCUGGAACACUUCGCCUGCCCGGAGAAGAUCUUUUUGCCAAUUUUCUGAUUUUUGAAAUCCUCCCCCUGCCGAAGUUGGACAGCCGAAGUAACUGCGAGGGGACUGCAAGCACGGCAAGCGCUUGCUGAAAGGCUGCCGAGGCUGCUUCCCCCCUCCCCCGCGGCCCCCCCGCUCGCUCGCUUCCUCCCUCUGAGCUACAUGGUCCAUUUGCUGCCUCUCAUCCCGUGUCUCUGCAGAUGUUUUAGAGCAACAGGUUCAGGAACUUAAAAUAUAGGAGUGGGGAGAGAGGAGGAGAGGAAAAAAAAAAAAAAAAAAGAAAGGAACGGUGUUGGAGGAGGAAGAGCAAUCCCCGCGCAGGAGGCACAGAAGACGGGGACAACCCUGGUCGCCGCUGCAGUUGCUGCCACCCCCACCCCUGCUCGGGGAUGUACCUUUCCAUUUGUUGCUUCUUCCUGUGCUGGGCUCCCGCCCUGUCGCUGAAGAACCUGAAUUACUCGGUGCCGGAGGAGCAGGGAGCGGGCACGGUCAUCGGGAACAUCGGCCGCGAUGCGCGGCUGGCGGCGGGCGGCGGGAUGCUGCCCGCGGAGCGCGGCGGCCCCGGCGGUGGUCGCGGCGCCAAGUCCACCUUCAGGGUGCUGGAGAACUCAGCCCCGCACCUCCUCGACGUGGACGGAGAGAGCGGGCUGCUCUACACCAAGCAGCGCAUUGACCGCGAGGCGCUGUGCCGGCGCAGUGCCAAGUGCCAGCUGUCCCUCGAGGUGUUCGCCAACGACCAGGAGAUCUGCAUGAUCAAGGUGGAGAUCCAGGACCUGAACGACAACGCACCGGCAUUCCCAUCCGACCAGGUGGACAUGGACAUUUCGGAAAAUGCCGCGCCGGGCACCCGCUUCCCCCUUACCAGCGCCCACGACCCAGACGCCGGGGACAACGGGCUGCGCACCUACCUGCUCACCCGUGAUGACUACGGCCUCUUCUCCCUUGAUGUGAAGUCCCGUGGUGAUGGCACAAAAUUUCCGGAGCUGGUCAUCCAGAAGCCAUUAGACCGUGAGGAGCAGAGUCACCACACCCUGGUGUUGACAGCACUGGACGGCGGCGACCCACCGCGCUCAGGCACGGUGCAGAUCAAUGUGCGCCUCAUUGACUCCAACGACAACAGCCCUGUCUUUGAGGCAGCCUCCUAUGUGGUGGAACUGCCAGAGAACGCACCGCUGGGCACGGCUGUCAUUGACCUCAAUGCCACUGAUGCCGAUGAGGGCACCAACGGGGAGGUGCUCUACUCCUUCAGUGGCUACGCGCCUGAGCGUGUCCGCGACCUCUUUAGCAUCGACCCGCAGAGUGGCCUCAUCCGUGUCAAGGGCAACCUGGACUAUGAGGAGAGUGGCCUUAUAGAGAUCGACGUUCAGGCUCGGGACCUGGGACCCAACCCUAUCCCUGCUCACUGCAAAGUCACCGUCCGCCUCAUUGACCGCAACGACAACGCGCCCACCAUUGGCUUUGUGUCCGUUCGCCAGGGAGCACUGAGUGAGGCUGCCCCACCGGGCACCGUCAUUGCCCUGGUGCGGGUCAUCGACCGUGACUCUGGCAAGAAUGGGCAGCUCCAGUGCCGGGUGCUGGGCGGUGGUGGUGGGCCUGGAGCUGUCCCUUUCACCCUGGAGGAGAACUAUGACAACUUCUACACUGUGGUCACUGACCGUCCCCUGGACCGUGAGGCACAAGAUGAAUACAAUGUGACCAUCGUGGCACGGGAUGGGGGCAGCCCCCCACUCAACUCCACCAAGUCGUUCUCUGUGCGGAUCCUCGAUGAGAAUGACAACCCACCUCGCUUCAGCAAGAACCUCUAUGUGUUGCAGGUGCCUGAGAACAAUAUCCCUGGGGAAUACCUGGGCUCUGUAUUGGCCCAGGACCCGGAUCUGGGGCAAAAUGGGACAGUUUCUUACUCCAUUCUGCCUGGGCACGUAGGUGACGUCUCCAUCUACACCUAUGUCUCUGUCAACCCAACCAAUGGUGCUAUCUAUGCCCUGAGAAGCUUCAACUAUGAGCAGACAAAGCACUUUGAAUUUCGCGUGCUGGCCAAGGACUCGGGUUCACCCCACCGUGAGAGCAAUGCCACAGUACGUGUCACUGUGCUCGAUGUCAAUGAUAAUGCACCCCUCAUUGUCCUGCCUGCCCUCAUCAAUGACACUGCUGAGCUGCAGGUGCCACGCAACGCUGGGGUGGGCUACCCGGUGGGCACUGUCCGUGCCCUGGACAGUGACUUUGGGGAGAGUGGGCGCCUCACAUACGAGAUUGUGGAAGGCAAUGAGGAGCACCUCUUUGAGAUGGACCCCACUAGUGGUGAGAUACGCACCUUGCACCCCUACUGGGAGGAGCUCAGCCCUGUGGCUGAACUUGUGGUAAAAGUCAGUGACCAUGGCAAGCCCAGCCUCUCUGCUGUGGCCAAGCUCAUUGUCAGGGCCUUGGCGGGGCCCCUGCCCGAGGCUGGUGAGCCACAAGUGAAUGGCGAGCAGCACCGGCGACCACACUGGGACUUGUCUCUGCCCCUGAUCGUGACCCUGAGCACUGUCUCCAUCAUCUUGCUGGCUGCCAUGAUCACUAUUGCUGUGAAGUGCAAGCGAGAGAACAAGGAGAUCCGCACCUAUAAUUGUCGCAUUGCUGAGUAUAGCCACCCUCAGCUGGGAGGAGGGGGAGGCAGUGGUGGGGGAGGAGGAGGCAGUGGCAGUGGAGGGGGCAAGGGCAAGAAGAAGAAGAUCAGCAAGAAUGACAUUAUGCUGGUGCCCAGUGAGGGCGAGGACAGCCGGGGCCCCCUCAAUGUCAUGAACGUGGUGAGCAGCCCAUCCCUGGCCACCUCACCUAUGUACUUUGACUACCAGACCCGCCUGCCCCUCAGCUCUCCCAGGUCUGAGGUGAUGUACCUGAAGCCCGCCUCCAACAACCUGACUGUACCCCAGGGACAUGUGGGCUGCCAUACCAGCUUCACAGGGCAAGGGACUAACGCCAGCGAGGCUCCCCCGAGCCGGAUGUCCAUAAUUCAGACAGACAAUUUUCCCGCAGAGCCCAAUUACAUGGGCAGCAGGCAGCAGUUUGUUCAAAGUAGCUCCACGUUCAAGGAUCCGGAAAGAGCCAGCUUGAGGGACAGCGGGCAUGGGGACAGUGAUCAGGCUGACAGUGACCAAGACACUAACAAAGGCUCCUGCUGUGACAUGUCUGUUAGGGAGGCACUCAAGAUGAAAACUACUUCAACUAAAAGCCAACCACUUGAACAAGGUUUGAUUUGCCUCCAGAACAGCAAGGCAGAGGCCAAAGACCCAUUGUUGGGAUCUGUGGACCAGCCCGCUGUGAGGAUGGAAAAUUUUCAGAGCAAGAAGAAUGUGUUAACUGCACAGAUGAAUGCAGAGUGCUUGGUCAUUCUGACAGGUGUUGGAUGCCACAGUUCCCUGCAGCCAGCCAGGCUGAGAACGCAGAUUAUCGCACAAAUCUCUUUGUACCCACAGUUGAAGCUAAUGUUGAGACUGAGACUUACGAAACUGUGAAUCCCACUGGGAAAAAGACUUUUUGUACAUUUGGGAAAGACAAGAGAGAGCACACUAUUCUCAUUGCCAAUGUUAAACCUUACUUAAAAGCCAAACGUGCCCUGAGUCCUCUGCUUCAGGAGGUUCCCUCAGCAUCGAGCAGCCCAACCAAGACAUGCAUUGAGCCUUGCACCUCAACAAAAGGACCUCUGGAUGGUUGUGAAGUGAAAUCAGGAGCCUUGGCUGAACCAAACAGCCAAUACUUGUCAACUGACAGUCAGUAUCUAUCGCCUAGUAAACAGUCAAAAGACACUCCCUUCAUUGCAUCAGAUCAGAUGGCUAGGGCGUUUGCAGAUGUGCAUUCCCGAGUGAGCCGAGACUCGAGUGAGAUGGACUCUGUUCUGGAGCAGUUAGACCGUUCAGCCCGGGAUCUAGGCAGGGAGUCGGUGGAUGCCGAGGAAGUUGUCAGAGAAAUAGACAAGCUCUUGCAGGACUGUCGGGGAAGCGACCCUGUGGCCGUCAGAAAGUGAGGGGGAAAAUAAGGACAGGCUGGCAGUUACGUUCCUCUUCUGCUGAUUAAAAACAAAACAAACAAAAAAAAAGAAAUCAUAAAAUCCCCUGGUUGUAACAGAUUUACAAGAAUGAAGGAAGACCAAUGCUGCUUUAAGGCUUUUAGUGAACAUCUGAAGUGCCCACAAGUAUGUUUUUUUCACUGAUCUUUCUUUUUGACAGAUAACACUGGUUUCAUUUUGACCAAACUUUCAUUAGGACAGAGUCAAGUACACUAAGAACUAUAUGAAUGAAGGAAAGAUGGUGCCAUUUUGACAAUCUGAUAGGAAGGUGUGAGAAAGGUGGAAUGGAAAUACAUCGGAUACUUUGAGACUGUCCUCAAUAGCUGAUGCUGACUUUACUGUUUACGUAUAAACCCCAAGAAAAACAGGGUUGAAUAUUUCUGACCUGUGGUGAAUUUCCAGCAGUCACCGCAGGCUUCUACUGAAAGUCCUAAAAAGAGUUCUUGUAGUAGUCCAAGUGACACCAAACAUUAACAUUCAUUUGUGGUAAACAUUUAUGUACAAAGUUAUCUGCCACAAAUAUGAGAGAAAAAAAAAAAAAAAGGAACAAGAAAACAAACAAACAAAAACCCACCAUUCUAAAUCAUUACUCAACAAAACAUAUCCUGAUCAUUAGUAAAACACUUCAUAUCACAU